AUAAAACUAAACAAAGACGUCUAUUAAAAAAAGAAGUAAUUUAAUUGCAUCGCUGAACUUACUUCUGUAACGCGGAACGGGGAUUGGGUAAAACAAAGUAGAACCCGUAUAAAGUCCAGGUGCAGCAACUGCUUGUCUGCGUUUAUCACAUGUUUAUUUACUUGACAACAAACAAACAAACAAACAAUAAAUAAAUAAAUAAAUAAGUAACACAACACAAAAUAAUGGCACCAAAAAAAGCUGCAGCUACGAUAUCGGUUGUUGACGAAUCAGCUCCAAGAAAAGAAGCCAAAUCAACAGGUAAGACCGUGCUUUCGUUAACUUUGCAGGUUAAAUUAUUUCGAGCUAUACGCCGCCGUGCGGGUAGCAAUUCUGUUACAAACUUGGCAUUUGAAAACAAAUCGUCAGGCGAGCCCAAAGCCCCUGCACACCCUCCAACCCUUGAGAUGGUAGCCGAAGCCCUUAAGGAGCUGGACACCCGAAAAGGCACGUCAGUCCCAGCUAUUCGGAGCCACAUACUGUCAAGUUACCCCACUGUGGACCCUGCGAGGCUCAAACCCUUGCUGAGGAACGCCCUCGCCAAUGGAAUCGACAAUGGAACCUUGACCAGGCCUGUAAACUCCAUUGCUACUGGAGCAACUGGGAGGUUUAAGUUAAAGAAGAAUAAAAUCAAGGUUCUGCAAAUCUGCAGUCCUGCUGGAGAGGUGCCUGAGCCCAAACCCAAGAGCGAGCGGUCCACCAAGCCCAAGGCAGCUGUGAAGGAGGAGAGUGCGGAUGAAGGGAAGGGGGACAGUGGAGAGGAGCUGCUGGCAACACCACCAAAAAAUACAAACAAGCGUGCAAAGAAAGGAAAAGUAGCCGAAUAG